AGUUGCAUUUCCUAGUUUUUGAAUCUGGAUUCUAGAAUGAUCUGAUAUAUAAAGUUAUAUAAACCCUGCCCAUUGCAUUGCUUUUAGUUCAUUCAAACUCAUUUGCACUAAAUAAACACUCUUUAUAGCAGACUUAGUUCUUUACAUUCACCCACACAUCUUCUUGGCUGAAGUUUCUUUGAAUCUUUUUUCUUUCUUGUAAUAUUAUUAGCAAUGGCGGGUUCGAGAUUGAUGGCGGUUGUGUUCAUUGUAUUGCUAUGUAUGGAACUUACUUUUGCUGCAAGAUCAUAUGUUAAGAAUAAAGGUCCAAAUUCUCAUGGUAGUCAUGGUGGUGGAGGUGGUGGUGGAAGUGGGGUAGGAGAUGGUGGUGCAUCAGGUUAUGGUUCUGGUUAUGGAAAAGGUGGUGGGGAAGGUUAUGGAAGAGGUGGAGGUGGGGGAAGUGGAGGUGGUGGUGGUGGUGGUAGUGCGUCAGGGUAUGGUUCUGGUUAUGGAAAAGGAGGUGGGGAAGGUUAUGGUGGUGUUGGUGAAGGAGGGGAGGGUUAUGGAAGUGGUGGAGGUGGAGGAGGAGGUAGUGGGUCUGGAUAUGGAACUGGGGCUUCUGGCAGAGGAUCGGGAUACGGUUCUGGUAGUGGUUACGGGUCAGGUUAUGGGUCUGGAGGAGGAUCCGCUGGUGGUGGCGGUGGAGGAGGAGGCGGUGGUGGAGGUAGUGGAGGAGGUUCCGCAGGUGGAAACGGAAGCGGCUACGGAUCUGGAUAUGGGUCUGGGAGUGGUGGCGGGUCUGGAUAUGGGAAAGGAAGUGGUGGUGGAGGAGGUGGCGGCGGCGGUGGUGGAGGAUCAGGUAGUGGUUCAGGUUAUGGAAGCGGAUCAGGACAUGGUCGUGGGGGACAUCAUGGAUCCCCUUAAAAGACAUUAUAGUAACUAGUUAAUAAGCAGCUAUACUUGAGUUAUUGAGCUUAUUCUUAUUCCAGUGUCGUCUUAUUUUUGUCUCUAAAUUCUCUUUUACUCUCUACAUAUUGUAUUUGAAAUCAAAGCUCAGCUUUCCUUGUACUCAUAUAUGCUUAGUUGCAAUUGGAAUAAAACUCGAUCACAUAUAUUCCACACUA